ACCAUCAAACCCCCUGCGCAACCCGCGGCGAAGCUCUGAACAUAAAGCUCGCCAAGCAGAGCGAGUGUACUGCGAGAAACGAAAGCACAGCGCAGAGUCGAUCGGCGAAUUUCCCCCUCCAGUCUGAUCCAGGGGAUGGUCGGAGAUGUUGGGUUAGUCGGGCAGUAGUGCGUGGUCGGUUGCCCUAGUCAAGGGGCACAGCUGACGCUUCUCUUACCCCGUUGAAUUAAUCCGCUCGAGGAGGAGCGCGGCGCGUGUUUCUUGCUGAGAAAGCUCUCUCCACUGGGCUCCGUGGAGUCGUAGUUUCAUAUCUUGAAAAGCCGACGGUACCAUAAAUUGUCACGAGGCAUCUAUCGAUUUCUGUCGGCGACGCCGACGGUCGUGGCGGCGUUAUGAGCAUGUGACUCGGGCUCGGUCUUGAGGGAUUCUUAGACAGUUUAAUCUUCGGUUUUUUAACACCCGCAACGAGUGGGAUAUUUUCUGGAACUGCACACUCUGCUCCGGAGGGUGUGUCGACCUGCUUCUACAUCGAAUAGAGUGGUCCUGAGGUCGGGUCGUAGACUCCAAUGUCCGAAAGUGACGCGGGCUUAGACGGGGGAGUUUUUUUAAUCCGGAGAAAAACAAACUGAGAGGAUCGCCACGAGGUCCCAAGGGAUGUUCUAAGACGCUCUCUAUCGAUUGGAUUCUCUAUCGUAUUGGGUUUGAAGUAGGUCUUUUCUUGUGGAUAAGAAUGGAGAGAGGAAUACCUCGACUACUUUUCUGAGCUCGGAGGGAGGAGGAGGAAACACGUAAAAAAAAGACGGUUCCGAAACAGACGUUCCCAACCAUACCAACCCAUACAGAGAAACUAUUGAUUCGGUAUUCGUGCAACAAGAUACUCGGUCGCAAACCCAUCGUCGCGGCUCUUCCCUACCCCGAGGAAAAACCCGUAAAUAUUGAUGCUAGAACAGGUACCUGGUAUAUUUGCCCCUCCCGAUGUAGAAUGUAAAACUUGAAGAUGAAGGUGAGGGCGAAGUCCGGGGUGAGAAGCUCCGGGGCUGACGAAGGAGUGGGGCAAAACGCUGGAGCAGAGUCGGGAGAAGAAAAUAUUUUUCCCAGUAUUUUUCGGGUGUUACUUUUCCCAGGCGAAACGUGCUCCCUUGGGCAAAACUCGUCGGGGCACAUUUGAAUCGAUAACACGCGCCUGCUGCUGAGAAACACACAGCAGCAUCAGCAUUAGCAUCAACGGCAGUAGGAGUAGUAGCGGCAAUGCACGAGUGAAAGAAGAAAGGGAUCUACUCGUCGGGAACUCGGAACUCUUACCGGGUCUGGAUCCUCCUUGACGAACGUGGAGAAAAUGGAUGCUGAAACUCGAGUACUGGACUCUUUACAGAAGGCAGUAUUCUCGUGAAAAACUACUAACGUGUACCUCCAUCCUCUUCACAGGCUUCCACUUCAUCCCUGUACCGGCUUAAGUGCCUUUAUUUUCGUACCCACUGAGACUCCAAACUGUCGGACCAAACGCGCCAAACUCCGAUCUCAAGAUGCAGCCACGUCUUGACAAACUCCGUUCAGGAAACGCCGGUUGUUCUCAUCAAGCGAUCACUCCGUCCCAGAACUUGGGAUGCUCCUAAUGGGCCCGCGAACACGUGAGCAUUAGCGGUCAACCGAAGACCGGAAAUGAGAAGAAUCAUGGGGUUUUGCUCUCAGUUCGUUCCGCGGGGUGGAGACCAACCGGCAGGAGAAUGUAACUGUUAGUGGUUAAUGGGUACAGAAAAUCACGGGCAUUUCCUGACCACUUUUUCAUCAAUAUGCAACCAUUCCGUGGGACAAGUUUGGCCUGGUUGGCGUUGCUGAUCCUAAACGUAGUCACGGCGACAAGGAAGAACGAACGUGAGGCUGUCCUGAUCCCGGGAGAUAUAGUCCUUGGGGGGCUGUUUCCGGUUCAUGAAAAAGGUGGCUCGUCCUGCGGUCCUAAGAUCUACAACCGAGGAGUGCAGAGGCUUGAGGCGAUGCUGUUCGCCGUUGACCAGAUAAAUAGGCAGCAUGAAAUUCUACCGGGAAUAGCGCUGGGUGUUCACAUACUGGACACUUGCAGCCGGGACACUUACGCGCUAAAUCAGAGCCUCCACUUCGUCAGAGCGUCGCUGUCCAAUCAGGACAUAAGUGUCCUGGAGUGUGCUGACCGUUCUACGCCGAGGGUUCGCAAGAGCGCGAACGCGGGUCCUGUUUAUGGAGUUAUCGGGGGCUCGUAUAGCUCAGUUUCACUCCAGGUGGCGAACCUCUUGCGGCUAUUUCACAUACCUCAGAUAUCGCCAGCCUCGACCGCAAAUGCACUCAGUGACAAAACACGGUUCGACUAUUUUGCCCGCACUGUGCCACCAGACACCUUCCAGUCCAUGGCCCUCGUGGACGUGGUCAAGAGCGUCAACUGGUCCUACGUCUCGACUAUUUACUCGGAGGGCUCCUACGGCGAGUACGGAAUCGAGAUGUUCACGCGUCAGGCGAACGACAGGAACGUCUGCAUCGCGGCUGCCGAAAAGGUGCCUAGCGCCGCGGACGAUAAGGUCUUCGACAACAUAAUCGCGAAGCUCCUCAAGAAGCCCAAUGCCAGAGCUGUUCUUCUCUUCACGAGAGCCGAGGACGCCAGACGAAUAUUGGAGGCUGCUCGUCGCUCAAAUCUGACCCAACCGUUCCAAUGGAUCGCGAGCGACGGUUGGGGGAAGCAGAUCAAGCUUGUAGAGGGCCUUGAAGAUGUCGCUGAAGGUGCGAUCACGGUCGAACUUCAGUCCGAGAAUCUGCCUGGCUUCGAUGACUACAUGGCCUCGCUCACUCCAGAGACGAAUCGGCGGAAUCCAUGGUUUGGCGAGUACUGGGAAGACGCCUUCGCCUGCACAUUGCAGAAGAACGUACCCCUGGUCACCAACCAUACUAUCAACGUCUGCUCUCCAAGGUUUCAACUCACGCCGACAUAUGGCUAUGAACAAGAGUCCAAGGUCCAGUUCGUCGUCGAUGCUGUAUACGCCUUUGCCUACGCGCUGCACAACCUGCAAAGCGACCUCUGCGGACGGAACGUGGGGCUCUGUCCAGCUAUGGUCAACUUCGACAGGGGUGUAUUCUACAGGAGUUAUCUCCUCAAUGUUUCUUUCACUGAUGCUGCCGGUAGCGAGGUGAAGUUUGACGAGCACGGAGAUGGCUUGCCACGCUACGAUAUUUUGAACUUUCGCAAGGUCGAUCCGAAUGGUACCAACGGAUACUAUUACCGGGUAGUGGGAAAGUGGUAUAACAAGUCCCUCAAUAUCAGCACGGAUGAUCUGGUCUGGUCCAAGGGAGCAACGGAAAUUCCUAUCUCGGCUUGUUCGCUGCCCUGCGCUGCCGGGAUGAUAAAGAAACAACAGGGUGACACGUGCUGCUGGGUAUGCGACCGGUGCGAAUCUUACGAGUACGUGUUCGACGAGAAGACGUGCAAGGAGUGCGAGGAGAACCACUGGCCACACCCUGACAAAAAGGGCUGCUACGAGCUACCGAUAACUUACGUUAAGUGGAGCAGUGCAUUUGCCAUUGUUCCCGCGGUGAUCUCGUGUCUAGGGAUCACCACGACUCUCGCGGUUGGGGGUCUCCUCUUCCGGCACAGAGACACACCCGUCGUUCGGGCUUCCGGAAGGGAGUUGACCGGCAUUCUUUUGGCCGGAGUGCUCGUAUGUUACUUGAACACUUUCGUCCUCCUGGCGAAGACGACCACCGUUACCUGCGUCCUCCAACGAUUCGGCGUCGGUGUUAGUUUCAGUGCGGUUUAUGGUGCCCUCCUCACAAAGACCAACAGAAUAGCGAGAAUAUUCGACUCGGCCUCGAGGUCCGCCCGUAGGCCUCGGUACAUAAGCCCCACAUCUCAGGUCUGCAUCGCCACUGCCCUGAUCGCCUUCCAAGUGGUCAUAACCCUGGUUUGGAUGAUCGUCGAGCCACCGGGUACGAAGAAAUUUCAACCCGACAGAACGCAGGUGAUAAUCAGAUGCAACAUACAGCACAUGAGCUUCCUAUUCUCCCAGCUUUACAACGCCUUGUUGAUCGUAAUAUCGACUGUCUACGCGGUCAAGACCCGCAAGAUACCCGAGAACUUUAACGAGAGCAAGUUCAUAGGGUUUACGAUGUACACCACCUGCAUAAUAUGGCUAGCCUUCGUCCCCAUUUACUUCGGGACCGAGAACUCCCAUGAGACCCAAAUCACCACCCUCUGCAUUGCCAUCAGCCUUAGUGCAUCGGUCGCGCUGGUCUGCCUCUACUCGCCGAAGGUCUACAUCAUCAUAUUUCAACCGGACAAAAAUAUUCGCGGAAAGGUAACCAUGAGUGGCAGCACGUUCAAGAAGCAGGGCAGCAGUGCAGGUGCGUCUUCGGUCACGAAAUGUACCGCAUGCGAUGGACCGAGUGAAAACGUCCCUCUCCAGUCGGCAAUCAACUCUACAGCCCAAACGUCAGUUGGCACACCACAAACUCCAACACGUACCGUCCUUGCGUUUAAAUCCGUCAACGAGGAAGCAGUUGCUCAGCUUUAGCCACCCACGAUCAGAGGGUCGUUCGUCCUGAUUAUCGACUUGAAAAGAGGAAUAAUCUAUUACAUAUUUCAAUUUAUCCCUCGGCAUAAUUUGAGGUUGUGAAAGGAAACGAUCCGGUCGAAUCAAAUAUACGAAAACGAGUCUUUCUUCUUGGAGUUUCAGGUCAACUUUGGGUCUAGGCUGAAGGUUCUUAAUUCGUACCACGUGAGGCUGCGGUUCAUUUCUGAGAUUAAACGAAACGACGAAAUCAACU